GCCAACCUUGGACGCCGGCUUUCUGGGCCAUGAGGCACGCGGCGCUGCUGGACCUUCAACGUCAGUGCGGCCCGCCGGUCCUGUUCAAGACCUGGGCAGCGCCCUACCACCGCUGGCUGCUGCACGCUAUGUCCACGGAGAGGAAGUCGCGCCUUCACCUGGCCGGUCCGGAAACGCUCCACCUGUGCCACAUCAUGACGGAGAUGUUCCGAGAAUGGGUGCACGGAGGCGCCGUCAAGCGCGGGCCAGCUUCUUCGCGCUGGAACAACCCUUCCUUAAGUCCCCAUCCGACACCUCGCCGGUCCUCAACUUUGCCGCCCGCAUCGAGUUCCAAGAUGGCAAGCGAAAGCUGGCGACUCAGGAUUAUCAUGGCCGGGAGACGGCGCACCUACAUGGUCUGACCUUUGCACCCUCCCUGGCCAGUCUGCUGUUGGAGCAUCGCCUGCGUGCAACCGUGCCGGAGGAGCCGAGCCAUCCUCUGCAAGGCUACGUGCUCGACGGCCAGGACGACUCGGACAUGGGCGGCACCGUUCGGCCUCUGCAAGCCCCCUGGCCCGGAAUGCUGGAGAAGCCGAAGUUCGUGGAGCUGUACGAGGCCUGCCCCUGGCGCGGCGAUCACAUGAGCCUGCUCGAGUGGCUGCGGAAGACCAAUGCCAACGGGGAGAUCCUCACCUGGAUCAAGAAGGCGCACGCCAAGAGUGGUUCCGAUGAGUCUGGGGAGAAGGUGAUCGCGGCCGAGACCGUUCGGAUCUUCAACGACAAGUUCUUCGGCCAGUGGAUGGCCCUUAACCUGCCCUUCCGCGACAUGGGCGAGCUCCUGGAUGUCGAAGUUAUGGAAAGAGCGGUCACGCACUUUGUGCUUCAUGCCUCCGUCCUGAAGCAAGCCCCCGGCUAUUGGACCGAUGACGCCAAGGUGACGGCAACUCUCCAGUUGGCAGGACACCGCGAUGGCUACAUUGACAAUGCCCUCGCUAUGCUUGCGGCCCAGCGCAGCCUCAUUCAGAAGUACAUGGAGGGCGCCCUGGACAAGAACGUCUCCUUGGACGUCGAUCAGCUCCUGCUUGAGAAGGAGAUCAACGACCGGGUUGACCGGGCGCUCGCUGCUCGCGAUGCCCAGGAUCCAGACGAGGUGGUGCGGCUAACAAAGAAGGCCGCCGAGGCGAACAGCAUCCUGGUCUGCACGGGACCUCCCGGCUGCGGCAAGACCACCGUUGCAGACGUCUGCCUUCGACGAGCGGAGCGCCAUCCGGGAAUCGAUGUGGAUACCUGUCACAGCGCAUUUCUUCUCCAUCGACCUCUGCAGGAAGCCUUGGCGCUUUUGACCGUGUACGACAUGGUGAUCGUGGAUGAGGCCCUGCAGCUCAGCGCGGAGCACUUCGAGCGACUGCAUGAGAUGUGGGACGCCGCCGGGCGCUGCGCUUGCUUGCUGCUCCUGGGCGACCCCUGGCAGCUGCCCAGC